AUGAAAGAGGACGGACCUACUAGCACCUCAGGGACUCAGACCGCGGACCCGGGAGCGCCGCCUAAGGAAUCCAUUGUAACGGCUCCCAUCGUUGACAGCGCGACAACGUCGCCAACGUUUCUCAACCAGGGAAAGACCCCACCACGGAAAGUGCUGCGCCUUAAAUGCACAAAAUGUAACGAAUAUCCUGAAGGAUUUCGUAGCGAACAUGAGCUGCGCCGACACACGAAUCGCGUGCAUAGGAAGACGCGUAAAGUUUGGAUUACCAUCGACACCUCACCCGACAAGAAUUUUCUUGCCAAUUGCAAGGCUUGUCAGACUGGGAAAAGGUAUAACGAGUGCUACAACGCCGCCAGCCAUCUGAGGAGAAUGCAUUUUCACCCACACAAGAGGGGUGAGCGAAAAAUGAGCGCUGCCGAGGCUCGAAGAGGCGGGAAGCCAGGCGAUCUAGACCCUCCCAUGGACGUUUUGAAAGCAAACUGGCUACGGGAGGUGGAAGAAGUUGUUGGCGAGGCGGAUGAUUCACCUGAAGAGGGCGAACCUAUGGACACGUCGUCGACUCAGCUACAGCCUGCCACGACCCAGGCGGACGGGAAAGCCCCGCCAACGCCCACGACUCCCUCUACGCGAACCAUGGCGAUCGACAGCAUCGUGGAUAAAGUGGAUGCGUCCUAA